AUGGCCAAAAAGAUCAAGUCCCUCGUCGCCGACACCAAGGCUGUCGACCCCGUCCUCGCAUCGCUGUUUGCCCAAAGCGCGGGUCCCAUCCAGCCUCGCCCCAAGUCCGUAUACGAAGCGCCUGCCCCGAAGACGUCCAAGGCCGACAAGGAUGAGGUCAGCGACAAUGACGCCGCCGAGGAGGAGGACGACGAGGAUCUGUCCAGCAUCGACGAGGAGCUAGACGACGAGGAAGCAGAGGAAGAAGAUGUUGAAGCAAGCGACGAGGAAAUGGCCGACGCAGACGCGCCAGAGGCCGAGUCAGAACCCGCAGAAUCGGCGCCUGUCGAGUCGCAGCGCAAGCGCAAGAGGAAGGGCGCCGAGGAAGAGCUCGAAGACAAAUAUAUGCGCAAGCUGGCCAAGGAAGAGGCCAAAGAGGAGGUCAAAAUGAAGGCCGAGAGGAACACGAAGCGCCAGAAGAUGGGAGACGGAGAGGCCUCUGACGCGUCCUCGGACGUCGAGGCAGCAAACGGCGAGGACGCAGACUCGGACGCAGACUCGGACUUUGAGGCGCCGAAACACGAGUCGCUGGCGAAGGCCGAGAAGAAGGAGGACACCGAGUUUGACAAGGCCGCGCGGACCGUCUUCCUGGGCAACGUGUCGACCGAGGCCAUCUCGUCCAAGUCGGCCAAGAAGACGCUGUUGGCGCACAUGUCGUCCUUCCUCUCGGAGCUGCCCGCCAGCACGCCGCCGCACAAGGUCGAGUCGCUGCGCUUCCGGUCGACGGCCUACUCGACCAACAUCCCCAAAAAGGGCGCCUACGCCAGGAAGGAGCUCAUGGACGCGACGACCAAGAGCACCAACGCCUACGUCGUCUACACGACGCAGCAGGCCGCGCGCGAGGCACAACGCCGCCUCAACGGCACCGUCGUGCUCGCCCGCCACCUGCGCGUCGACUCGGUUGCGCACCCGGCAAAGGCCGACCACCGCCGCUGCGUCUUCGUCGGCAACCUUGGCUUCGUCGACGACGAGAGCCUGGUCCAGCAGGCCGACGCCGACAAGUUCGGCCGCAAGCUCGGCAAGAAGAAGGAGCCCGGCGACGUCGAGGAGGGCCUGUGGCGCCAGUUCGGCCAGGCCGGCACCGUCGAGAGCGUGCGCGUCGUGCGCGACCCGCAGACCAGAGUCGGCAAGGGCUUCGCCUACGUCCAGUUCACUGACGAAAACGGCGUCGAAGCCGCCCUCCUCUUCAACGAGAAGCGCUUCCCGCCGCUGCUCCCGCGCAAACUGCGCGUCGUGCGCGCCAAAGCCUUCAAGCGCAACCAACAGCGGCGCAACGCGCUGACGUCGACGCGCCCCGCCACGGGCGCCAACAGCAGCUCGGUGUACCAACCGAAGAUGACGGCCGAGGAGAAGUCGACGGCCGGGCGCGCAGCCAAGCUGCUCGGCAAAGCCGGCGCCGCCAAAGCGCUCAAGCCGGGCAAGCCCGCUGCUAGCGGCGGCAAGCCCGCUGCCGGUGCCGGUGGCUUCAAGACCCCCGAGAGCUUCGUCUUCGAGGGCCAUCGUGCUACGGCUGCGCAGGGCAAGAAGGGCCUGAAGUUCAGUGCGGGCAAGAAGAAGGCGGGCGGUGCGAAGCCGAAGGGUCGGAGCAGCAAACGCGCCGCGGCGUGGAAGGCGUCGGGCGGGAAGAAGGCUUAG